GUCCUUUUUUGGCACUAUUAGAUUGAUCCAUCCAAGAGUAAACCAUGAGUUCAAUGCAAACAUGUCCUUCCACACAGAAUCAAUCACUUGACAACAUGAAUUUCCUUCUUUAGUACUGUGUUACAACUAGCAUUAGCAUGCUCAUAAUUUGUUUGUGUGGAACCUCUUAAAAAGUACCUUAUUACUUGUUCUCUAUGGCUUCUUUUCUUUCCCUAUCUCUUCCCAAACUAAACUUAAUAAAAGCCUCUUCAGCUGCUACAACUACAACACCUCUUUCAACUCCUGAGGCACUCAAUGAUAAAUUUGGAAGAAAAGGCAUCAAAUUCUUGGAGUCUAAUAGCAUUCCCAUUGUUGAGCUAACAGUUAGAAAUGGAAGCUCAUUGAGCUUAAGAUUACCUGAUGCUCAUGUAACAUCUUACAAACCAAAAGUGUUUUGGAAAGAUGAUGGACUUGAGGAACUUCUUUACACAAUUCCUGCCAAUGAAACUGGUCUUUACAAAGCCAAAGGUGGAAUUGGUUUGGUCUUGAAUGAAGUAUUACAACCUGGUGCAAAAGAGUUGCUUCCUUCAACUUUAGAAUGGACUGUAAAGGAUGUUGACUAUGAUGCCAUUGAUGCUCUACAGGUUGAAUUGAUCAGCACUAAUAGAUUUUUUGACAUGACUUAUAUUGUGUCCCUCUAUCCUGUGAGCAUGGCAACAGCAGUUAUAGUUAAGAACAAAUCUCCAAAACCUGUCACUCUAACCAAUGCUAUACUAAGCCAUUUUAGAUUUAAGAGAAGAGGUGGUGCGGCAAUUAAAGGUCUUCAAACCUGCUCAUACUGCUCACACCCUCCUCUUGAUUCCCCUUUUCAAAUCUUGACUCCAUCAGAAGCAAUGAAAUCCGAGUCUCAAAGGUUGAUUUCAUUUGGCGCUGAGCCUGAAAUGAAGCCAGGUUCAUGGACUCAACAAGGUGUUCCUAUUACUCUCCUCGAGAAUAAGAUGAGUAGAGUUUUUGCUGCACCUCCUAAAGAAAGAACAAAGGCUUUUUAUAACACACCACCUUCAAAAUAUGAAAUCAUUGAUCAGGGACGUGAGAUUUUCUACAGGGUGAUAAGAAUGGGAUUUGAGGAUAUUUAUGUGUCAAGCCCUGGUUCCAUGUCGGACAAAUAUGGGAGGGACUAUUUUGUAUGCACUGGUCCUGCUUCAAUAUUGGAGCCUGUGACUGUGAAUCCAGGUGAAGAAUUUAGAGGAGCACAAGUUAUUGAGCACGAUAAUCUCUCAUAAUCACAUUAAUUGACACGGUUAUUAGAAACCUUUCUUUUCACCCUUUCUUGCUCUCUUUUUUAUUUCAUGUUUCUACUUCAUAAGUUUUUUGUGUUUCUGAAGCAGGAUUUGCAUUGUUCUUCCUAUGUAUAUUUGUUUACUUGAUUUAUGUCCUAUAGUACAAUAAUAUCAAUAAAAUAGAUUACAA